AUGAAGUGUAGAUUGAAAGUGAAGAUCAGCGUCCAGAAGGCCGGAGAAAUCUGGUGCAAACAGGACAAACCGCAGCACGGGGGCCCGCUAGACCGACCGCAUCGAGUCUCCCUGCAACCUCGACUUCUUCGGAUCUCCGCUGCAAGCCCGACGACUUGCUCCAGCUCCCUGCUGUAUAUCGCCCAAGAUGUCGACCAUCAUCCGGACCUUGCGGAACCUGAAAAGAAUUGGCAUCAAGGAUUAUGGCCACCAAAUGCAGGUGAUACCAAAGCCGGUACCUUGAUUGGCACCGACCGCUACGGCAACAAAUUUUUCGAGAACAUGGAAGAGGAGCUCCCUCUCCGAACGCGGUGGGUGGACUACAAGGAGAAGGAAUAUGACCCUUCGCAGAUCGAGCCUGGCUGGCACGCCUGGAUCUCGUACCUCGUUGAUGCUCCCCCUACUGCCGAUAAGCUCAUGCAGACUGGCCAGCGCGCCUGGGAGCUCCCUGAGCACAGGCCCAACCUGUCUCUGAGCCGCGCUGCUUUCAAGACUUACUCGACCACCCGCCCUAAGUACUCUGCUUGGGAACCCGUUGCCGCUCCCCGGUAA